AUGUCGCUCAUUCCAUCUGCGACAAUCCUGGUUUUUCUGCUAUUCUUACCAAUAUCGAAGCAGUUCGAAGAUUUUGAUGUUACCGGCGCAACAGACGGCGAACUUGAAGAAAUCAAGAAAUAUUUAAGCAGUCAGCUUCGCAAAAUUGAAAAGGCAAUUGCAAUAACAAGAAAGAAACGCGACGUUUCACCAAUUUCAGCUUCUCUUCCUAACAGAGAUUCGACGGGAUUUUUGUCCCGCAUUGGUGCAUUAAAAAAAAGUGCAUCAGAAAUAAUCAAAGUCUCACAAAAUAUUGAAGUAGUCAAUGUGACCACGACAAUAGCUCCAUCAGCUAGUGAAAAUUUAGAUGAGCCCAGGACACAGCUGCCUUCCAAAUUUGAAUCCGGCCAUUUUCAGCAUAUAAAUGAUUCCCUGACCGAAUGCAAACGAUUGAGUCAGCCCGAAUUAGUAGCAGAGUUAAAACAGAAAGGCACAUAUAAUCCAGAAUUGAUGGCAUGGGAUGCUGUCGGAGUUAUACGAUUUUUGGAUAGAUCGAUUCACGAAAAUUAUCAACAUGAAGCUUCAAAAAACAAGCCGAAGACUGAUCAAGUAAUUGAAAGAAACGUGGCAGCGCUGGAGAAACUCAUGAGAGAGCUGAAUGUCUCAUGUGAUAUUCGAUCCUCAGAUUUAAGGCAGAAACUUCAAAAUGUGACCUUCGCAGAACCAAGGCGCACAAUUCUGUCGCCAUCAUUAAGGAGACAUAAGAGAAUGGAUAGUGUCAAUGAAUUUUUAAGAAUACUUAACGUCACCGUACCCGAUGAGAAUUUCAGUUUUCACUAUGAUCAGCCGCUUACUGUGGAAAAUGAGAGAGUAACAAUGCGCCAGAAACUAAUUGGGGAAUCACAUGUAGUUCCUUUCGGCUGCGACAAGCGUGGCGCAGAAGAAGAUGGAUAUUUACGAUUAUGCGGAGCCUGUCAAGCAAUUCGACGAUUACCUGACACAUUUUUCCCACCGUUCAUCAACGAAGUAACUUGCGACACGGAUAAAGCUUGUCUGUAUUUUUAUGACUAUCCACAUGGAAAAUGCCGACAAAAACAUAUGAACUUUGUAGUUCUUCGGAACGUCGGCACGAAAGAAUGCCAGAUAUGGAAAAAGUUCAAUUUGAAUGUUCGCGUUUCCUGCGAAUGUUUUGUAGAUGAGAUGUCGUUUUUUGCCAAAUAUGUCUAA